AUGAUUAAUGCGAAGAAUCAGAUAUACUUGAUGUUACUUUUACUAGUCACUAUUGUCUACGGAAAAAAACAGCUAACAAAACAGCGAGUAUGCAUAAUUGGCGCUGGGAUGUCUGGCCUGGUUUCAGUGAAACAAUUGGCGACAAAUCUUAGCAACGUCGAACCUAUUGUAUUUGAAAAGGCUAGUGACAUAGGCGGACAAUGGAGAUAUACAGAUAGCACUGAUGUCGAUGAGCAUGGCUUACCUGUGCAUACCAGUAUUUACAAAAAUUUGAGUCGUUUAAACUUAUUGCGCUGUAGAACGAACAGUCCAAAAGUACUCAUGACCUUCCCAGAUUACAAAGAAUUUCAUGGAGAAAAUCGGAGCUACGUCAAACACGAGACUGUCUUGGAAUACUUGACAAACUUUACUGAACACUUUAAUCUUCGUCAAUAUAUUAAGUUUAAUAUCCUCGUAGAAAGGGUGAGCCAGCGACAUGACAAUAGUUGGCGCAUUCGGACGCGAAACUUGAAUCUGAAUGAAAUUGAAGUUUACACUUGCGACGCUCUGAUGGUUUGCAAUGGACAUUUCACCAAACCCAAUGUGCCGAUCAUCCCAGGACUUGAUACUUUCCCUGGGCGUACAUUGCAUAGUCACACUUAUCGUAGACCUGAAGAAUUUUCCAACAAAACGUUAGUAAUCUUAGGCGCUUCAGAGUCGGGCAUCGACAUUGGAAUUGGAAUAUCGAAAUAUGCCAAAACAGUUUAUCUCAGUCAUCGACACAAAAAGUUAACAGUCGAGCUACCUAAAAACUUAAUACAAAUACCAGGUGUCGUAGCAGCUGACGGCAGUGAUCUUAUUCUCAGUGAUAGUUCGCGAAUAAAGGCCGAUGCUUUUCUCAUGUGUACUGGAUACUUGUACGAUUUUCCAUUUAUAACCGACAGUUCUGGUAUUACCGUGACAAAAGGCAAAUAUGUUCAUCCGCUCUACAAACAUUUUGUAAACAUUAACAACCCAACAAUGGUAUUUACUGGAUUACCAUACCCUAGCUUCCCCUUUUUUGUUUCAUAUGUUCAGGCGCAGUACUUUCUCUCCAUACUACGGGGUACAGUUAAACUGCCAACACGCAAGGUAAUGCUGAAGGAAUCGCAGCUACCACCAGGAACUCCCGUAACCAAGGCACAUUACAUGGCAAUAGAAGUUCUCGAUUAUUAUGAUGAUCUCGCAAUAGCCGCUGGCAUCGAACCUUCAUCUAAGCCAACAAAAAAAGCAGUGGAAAUUUUCUUUGAUGAUUUUAAAAAUAAUCCGAUGCACUUCAAAGAAAAUGAACUCAUCAUUCGAGAUGACGGAAAUGUUGAACUUUACAGGCCUAGUAAUACGUGCCACUCCUAA